CUCUGAGGGGAUGCACAGGCACAUGAAUAUUGUGAUCUUAUCUGCUGAAAAUGAGGCGAAAAGCAUAUAAACGGGUCAUCACAGAUAGCCAACUCCUAUCUGCCUCCCCAGGCAAGACUUAGAGCUUUGACUGUUGGUUGUGGUUAGAGUUCAAACUUGGCUUCGACAUUCAGCCGACCAGCAGCAGCAGCAGCAGCAGCAGCGGCAGCAGAGGCAACAGCUAUACACACAUGAGAGCCAAGGCAGAGAGAAAAAUAUGAAAAAGAUAUACAUUGGCAAAACUGCCCUCAAAACACAGAGAAAUGGUUGCAAACAUCAGAAAAGAAGCUCUUUCCACGACCACAAGGAUGACCUCCGCAAGCGCCUGUCCUACACCACCCACAAACUAGAGAUGGUGGAGACGGAGUUUGAUUCCACUCGGCAGUACCUUGAGACUGAGCUGCGCCGGGCCCAGGAGGAACUGGAGAAAUUUACAGAGAAACUACGCAGGAUCCAGAGUAGCUAUGCAGCUCUUCAGAGGAUCAACCAGGAUUUGGAGGACAAGAUGCACAGGACGUCCCAGCACCAUGAAGAGGAAAAGAGAGCCCUCAGCCGGGAAAUUAUCCUCCUCAACAACCACCUCAUGGAGGCGAAGAUCACCAUCAAUAAACUCAGAGAGGACAACGACCUGUACAGGAAAGACUGCAACCUGGCAGCCCAGCUGCUGCAGUGCUCCAAGUCUCACUACAGAGCUCACAAGAUGUCUGAGCUGCCGGUGGAUUUCCAGGAGCGCAUCAGUUCCCACAUUGAGAAACAGAAUCGGGAUAGUGGAGCCACAAUAGCAAUGUGCCACUCCAAUUACUCUGAUGCCGUACCCACAGCCAUAAUUGCCAAGGUCCUGGAAAAGCCAGAACCAGGAAGCAGUUGCCCUGUAACGCGCUCACCCAGCCCGCAGCCACAGGAUGGAGACUUUCUCACAGGAACAGGAAGCACUGAUCACCUGAGCCGCCGUAUUUCUUAUAAAUCAUCUGACCUCUACUGUAGUGAUACGGCUCUCUACUGCCCUGAACGAUGGCAGGAUACAGAGCGCAGGCAGAGCGUUGACCUCCAAGGCACCGGCCUGCUGCAGCUUCACGCUCAAAACUCCACCGACAGCAACCCAGAGGAAGAAGCCUACCACUCUGGAAGUUUCUCCCACCAUGAGCCUCCAUCCUCCUUUCACCACCACGAUGACUUCGGCACUGGUAGCCUCCCUGCCUCCAGUUCCUACUCUAGCUUCAGUCUCGCAUCGGACGAGAAGGGAGGAGUUGGUGGUGGUUGUGGACGCACUGCCAGCAGCACCUUAUCCUCUUCCCAUCAGGGUCUCUACAUGGACUGGCGAGAUGGUGGCAGUGGGGACUAUGAGCGCAAAAGCAUGUCCUCUUAUGAUAAAGACAGCCCAAGCUUCCCCAAGUCCCUUAGCAUCCAGCACAUGGUGACCCCCAAGAGCCCACAGAAGGGCACCUCACCAUCGUACACAAGGACGGCUUCAUGCUUCAGUGAACCAUACCAUUCUAGCACCCCACGCCUGGCUUCCUCUCACAGCAUGGGGUCCACAACAGGGCUGGGCCAGGCUCGUGGAGGAGGUCUGGACAGCCGCGGUGACAUCCAGGUCCCUGAGGACGACCUAAGCAGCCGCUGGAGACAGCUCAGCGUGGAAGACAUCAACACAUUCUCAUCUUCCUAUCGUAACAUCCCAGGGCGUGUCUCUCCAUACAGUUUCUCUGAGCGCCACUUUGCCAUGGGCCCCUCCAAUAAGGUCAAGGGGUCUCUCUACAGCAGCUUCCAAGAAGGAGAUGGCGUCUUCCACAGCCGCGUGCUGGACCAGUGUUUUGCUGUUGGUCCUCCUUCGCCCAGCCGCAGCCAGAAGCCGAAUGAGCAUCGUAAGCAGGAGAAAACUUCUGUGCUGUACAGAGCCAAGGAGGACAGUCAGGACUCCGAGUGCAGUUUGUUCCUCUCAGGGAGCUCUAAAGAGAAGGAAAGCAGUGGGGGAGCAACAGCGGCGAGCAGCGUCAAGAAGGACUAUGUGAAUCUGAGUGCAGACAGCUCGGCUGAGUCCUUACACCAAAGCUCCCUCGAAGCCUCAAGUCUUCAACACUACCCCAGCCCCAGGCCGAGCGUCCGGCCUCGCCCAAGCUCCAGCUCCGCUCUCAGUGUCGGCCCCGCACUCCCAAAGAAGACCUCUCCAAGAUACCAAAAAUUUGGCAGCACGGGACUGACAAGAAAGGACAGUCUGACCAAGGCACAGCUAUACGGCACACUGCUGAACUGAGCGGGGGAAAGGGAGCUUUUCAUUUUAUGCAUGAUGAUGAUGAUGAUGAUGAUGAUGAUGAUGAUGAUGAUUCCUAACUUAACUGUACUGUACUGUAUGUCUCAAAAGUUCCCUGCAGCAAACACAUACUUGGUGUGAUGGGGUAUUAACAUGUUGUUGUUUUAUGUAUCUCUUAGCCAAGGCACGUUUCGAGCAGUCUGCAACACUUUUUCUAUUGUAUGUCAUGAUACGGUGUAGCUACCUGAGACCAGCUCUUCACUAAGUUUUUGUUUCAAUUACACUGAUGAUAAUUAGAGCCAUCGGGAUAAACCGAGUUCCACCCGGCUACAUGAACGUUAUGUGCUACUUGCUCUCUUUUUUUGGUGUUCAGUACUGUUAGUAAAACCAGCAAGAGACCAUUAAUUCCUGCUCUACUAUAUACAGUAUAGAUAAUGGGAAAAGGCGUGUACAAUGGGUGACUUAAUUACACAUGUUUAGGAGAAGGAAGGUUAUCCAUUAUGUAUAGUGGACCCUGCUGACUGCAAGCUGUUAAGAUUUAUUCAUCCUCUAUUUUGUCUUAAACAAAAUGCAUGCUGUAUAAUGCAUAUAAAUAAGAUGAGAAAACUCAUUUCCAGCUAAACUGUUUCUCAUAGGGACAUUAUCUCUAAGUGCCCCUUGCUAAAAAGGAUGUUUUAUUACCAAAUUGGCUAAACAAGAGAUAUUAAAAAGAGAUAUUAAAAAUUAUUCUGUUGCGAUGUAAUGUUUAUAGCAAGUCAAUUAAGGCCCAAUCCCAUUUCUCAUUUUUACCCCUUCCCCUUGCUUUCAAGAGCCACCUUGCUUCUUGGAACAGUUACUAGGGGUAACGAUUGAAACUUUCCCCUAUGAAAUGAGACAACCCUUCAGGACCCUGAUACGUGAUCAGUAGUCGCCGAUGCUGCCAUUUACAUAAACAAAUGCGACAAGUAAUACAGCAAAUAUGCUGUCUUCUGCUGUGGUGAUUUCUCUUGCUGGGCUAUUGGCAGCUUUUCGGGGCUGUCAGGAUGAUCGUGAUUUGUUCACAUCUUAAGUUUCACAUUGUCAAUUGAUCAAAGAAGUUAUCAGUAGCGGUGAUCUUUAGCAACCUGUGCUCUUUACCUGCCAGUCUACAGUGAUAUUAGAGAAGCGGUAACAAGAGCAGCAACCACGUCGCUGGACUUCAGUUAAAUUUCUGGUGUCAUGCACAACUGGGGGGGAGGCAUAGAAAUGUGGUUGGAACCAACUGGUCCAGCCACUGGGUCCAGAUUGUAAAGUCCUUAGUCAUUAGUUCAAGGUCCACCAGUUAUAU